GACACUUUUUCGGAGGGGAACAAAAAAAAUCGGCGGCGGUGUGUAGAUGAGUGUCGUUUUGCCCUAGUACCAACAGCACAGGGUUGACUAGUAGGCUGUUUAACGUUACCCAGAGCAUCUGCUGACCAAGUAUUUUAAAAGGGUGCGGAGCGAUCCGGGACCGGCGGCGCAUGGAAGCAUGUCUAGCAUGUCUCAGGACCGAAGCAGCCGCUGGACGGACAUACAGAAAGGACUGCAGUUCAUACAGUCUACCCUGCCCUUUCCUGGAACUCAGGAGGAGUAUGAGGUGUUCCUCCGGGACCUGGUGUGGAAGCUGUUUGGGGAGGGAAAUGACAUCUAUAGCGAGGGCGAGUGGGCGCGCUCAGUGGAGCUGUACACCGAGGCCUUGAGCAUCGCAGAGUACGCCGACUCCGAAGACAUCAGCAUCUCCAGCACGGUGCUGGAGAAGCUGCACGCUAAUCGCGCCGCUGCCUAUUUAAACAUGGGUGUCCAUGACCAGGCCCUGGAGGACUGCGAUAAGGCCCUGCAGCUGAACGAGGGGAAUCACAGAGCCCUGUACCGCAAGGCCCGGUCCCUGAAGGAGCUGGAGAGGCACAAGGAGGCGUACGAGGCUGUGGCCCAGUGCUCCCUGGCUGUACCUCAGGAUCCAAGUGUCAUAAAACUGACUCAGGAGCUGGCUAAAAUGUUGGGCCUAAAAAUACGUAAAGCAUACGUAAGGAGUAAGUGUUGUCAAGGGUCUGAAUCCGUGGAGGAUAUUGAGAUGGCGCCGCAGCCCACGCAGGAGAUGGGCGGAGCCCCGCCGGGUCCCGGCCCCGCCCCUCGCCCCCUCGCCGGCGAGAAGCCCGAGUGCGAGUCGGCGCCGGUCAGCGCCAUGUCCUCCGUCUCGCCCAUCGAGGUCCACAACCCCGAGAAGCCCCCGAUGCCCGUGGCCGCGCCCCUGACCGUCCCCGUCGCCACGCCCAUGGCCACACCCCCGCUGGUGAACGGGGCCAGGGCUAACGAGUCGUACCCUGUGCCGGAGUCCCGCCUGGACUACGACACCGAAAUCAUCGGGGACGACCUGGACGAGCUGCUGGACAGGGCGGGCCCUGCUGAACCUCCCAUGGCCGUUCCCGCUCUGAAGGGACCCGUCCCACUUCCUGCCAGCAUCCCCAGCAGCAGCCCCACCGCCCUGCACAUGCCCUCUCACCACACCAGCCAUUCUUUCAUCCCCGUGCCCCCUGUCAACCUGCCCCCCCUUUAUCACCAAGCGGGUUACUCGGCGCUGGGGCUGGACUCCUACUCCUCCCCCCUGGAUUCGCUGGACAGCCUGUCCAUAUCCGAAUCCGAGGCAGUGUACGGCCAGGCUUCCUUUAUGCCAGUUGUUGGGGUUGGUGACGGGGCUCAGGGCCCCCCCGUGGGGAUGGGCUUCAUCGUGUCGGAGGGAGUGGACCUGGCCAAAAAUCCUCUGGCCGACACGCAUGAAUUUAAACAGGCCUGCAGCGGCUGCUUCAUAAAAACCGGUACCGGUCUGCUGGAUUAUACUUUGUAUGCAGAUGAUCACAAAUGUAAGAAGGACAUCCUGCUGGGACGAAUUAAGCUUUCAGAGGACCGGCAGUGGAAACCAAUACGGCCAAGGCCAACUAACCAAUACGUAGGACCCUAUUACAUCUGUAAAGAUGUGGCAGCAGGAGAGGUGUGUAGGUACCACGGCCAUUGCACGUUCGCUUACUGCCAAGAGGAGAUUGACGUUUGGACUCUGGAGCGAAAAGGGGUCAUCUGCAGGGACCUGCUGUUUGACCCAUUCGGUGCCAACGGAAAGGUCAACCUGACCGUCCCCAAGAUCUUACAAGAGAAUCAUGGGAUGUUUGAGUUCCUGUGUGGGGAGUGUUUCGACCACAAACCCAGGAUCAUCAGUAAGAGGAAUAAGGAGAGCCCCACCCUCUGCUCGCACUCCGUCUCAAAGCACAACUUCGAAGACUCCAAGUGCCUCGUCCACGUCCUGCGGGACACCACGCUCCGCUACUCUAAGAUCCGGGCCUACCUGCCCCUGCAGUGCCAGCUGGACCUGUGUCGGCACGAGGUUCGAUACGGCUGCGUGCGGGAGGACAACUGCUUCUUCGCCCACAGCCUCAUCGAGCUCAAAGUGUGGAUGAUGCAGCACGAACUGGGUAUUACGCAUGAGAGCAUCGUUCUGGAGUCGCGAAAGUACUGGAGCGCAGUAGCCUCUUCUCAAGGCGUUGAGCCAGCCCCGAGUGUCGUUAAGAAGUUUGGACCCCCUAACCUGAAGAUGCAGUUUGUGUGCGGACAGUGCUGGCGCAACGGGCAGGUCAGCGAACCGGACAAGAACAGGAAGUACUGCAACGCCAAAGCCCGGCACCCAUGGGCUAAAGAUAGGAGAGUUUUGUUGGUCAGCUCCCUGGAGCGCAAGAAGUGGACUACAAUCCGCCCACUUCCCACGAAGAAACCCAUACCUUCUCAGUUUGAGAUCUGCUUGCAUGUGGCCGCUGGUAAGAAGUGCCAGUAUAUCGGAAACUGCAGCUUUGCACACAGCUCAGAAGAGCGGGAUCUGUGGACAUACAUGAAGGAUAAUAACAUUCCAGACAUGGAGCAUUUAUACGAGCUGUGGCUGCAGUCCCUGAAGCCCGGCUGGAGCGAGGAGGCCUCCAGCGCCGCCGCCAAAGAGAACGGGAAGCAGAUCCACAUGCCCACGGACUACGCGGAGGAAGUGGCUGGAAACCACUGCUGGCUGUGUGGGAAGAACUGUAACAGCGAUAAGCAGUGGCAGCAGCACAUCACCUCUGAGAAACACAAGGACAAAGUGUUCAACUCUGAGGACGACCAAAACUGCUGGCAGUACCGCUUCCCCACGGGCACCUUCAGAGUGUGCGAAAGGUUCCUGAAAGGCACUUGUCUGGAGGAGGAGAGCUGCAGUUUGGCCCACGGGAGCGAGGAGCUGCGGGAGUGGCAGGACAGGCAGCAGGUCCUGCAGAUGAAACUGGCCAAAGCCAGGAAGGACCAUCUCAUAGCGCCAAACGAUAACGACUUCGGGAAAUACAGCUUUCUGCUUAAAGAUGUAAAUUAACCUCUGAGAGAGAGAGAGAGAUGGUAGAGCUUAAAACAGGAUAAAGACUGCAGCCCAGCCCUGGCGCCAGCCGGUCAUUACAGGCCAGGAGAGGGCGCUGUGGAGCACGGUACUCUCAGCUCCUAUUUACCUAAGCACAGCAAACGGCCGUAGGGUCUGAAUAGGCCUGGCCACGCCGCUUUUCUCACUCGUAUAUAUGGAAAAAAAGAAAACCCAUCGUUGCCUUUUUAAGUAGCAAUCAUUCUUACCAUCUAUCAAAGUGGAUUGCUUACAGAAAUCAGGUGUGAGGAGAGUUAAGCUGGAAAAAGACAGAGGGGGGAAUGCUGCUCAGUUUGUGAAUGUUGUUUUGGGGAGGGGGGGGAGGAGGGCGGAUAAAGAAAGGUCCUUUUAAGGGUUUCAGGUUCUGCAGUUUCUUUUCCUUUUCGCGGACUGACUGAAUGAAACGUCUGUGCUCUGUUCAGCUCGCCGGGUAAAAUGAUAUUUCUUUCCUUAAUGUGAACGUCUUGUAUUUAUGCCUGUGGGGAUGUGUCAUGUGACGAGAACCAACGAUGCCAAAAUAAAGUCUUUGUUUUCCAGAA